AAUUAGUUUUAUAAAUCAUGCACAUUAAUGGCUUCUGGUCAAGAUAUCAGACCCAAGCAUUCAUACAAAUGAAAAGAGAAGUUCAACGCAAAAGUAAAUAAAUAAAAAUAAUAAAUAAAUAAAUAAAUAAAAUGAAGAUCUCUCUCUCUCUCGCUUCCCACCUCUUCCCAUCCACCGAUCUGCUGUGAGAGAGAGAGAGAAGCAGAGAUGUCUUCGUUUGAUGCAUACAGUAACGACGGAGACAUGACGGAACCGAAUCGUCCGUUCGAAGAAGAUGGCUACUCGGGUUACGAGUCCUACUCCAAUUUCGCCGGCGGCGGCGAUGGGGACUACGCCGCCGGAUUUCCCCCGCAAUCUGAUUAUUCCGAAGGCUUCCCGAACGAAGACGACGUCGCUGUCAACCACCAGGACGACGGCGUCCCCCAGCCCGCCGAGCCGUACGGUUUCGGCGAAGAUUCGACCCCUAACUACUCCCAGUCUCCCUACUCGCCGUCGAUCCCUGUUACGAACGGCAACGGUAACGCGUACGACAUUGGCGCUGACUCGGAGGGCAUUUUUGCUUCUGACGGGCCGGUGCUUCCCCCGCCGAAUGAAAUGCAGGCCGAUGAAGGGGUCGUUCUUCGUGAAUGGCGACGUCAAAAUGCUAUUCAACUUGAGGAAAAGGAGAAGAGGGAGAAGGAAAUGCGAAACCAGAUUAUUGAAGAAGCUGAUGAAUAUAAACGGGCUUUCUAUGAGAAAAGGAAGCUUAAUGUUGAAACUAAUAAGACAAAUAACAGAGAAAGAGAGAAGUUAUACUUGGCUAACCAAGAGAAGUUCCAUCAAAAUGCCGAUAAACAGUACUGGAAAGCAAUAGCAGAGCUCAUUCCACAUGAGGUUCCUAAUAUUGAGAGGAGGAGGAGCAAGAAGGAUCAAGAAAAGAAACCAUCAAUCACGAUCAUCCAGGGCCCAAAGCCUGGGAAACCAACUGAUCUUUCGAGGAUGCGGCAGGUACUUGUUAAAUUGAAACAUGCACCCCCAUCUCACAUGAUUCCACCCCCGCCAGCGGCUGCCAAGGAUGCUAAAGAUGGGAAGGAUGAAAAGGACAUUAAGGAUGGAAAAAAUGUCGAAAGUGGUAAAGAAGCACCUGCUGCUGCUGCCAAAGAGACCACCUCUAAUGGUUCACCACAGAAAUCUGAGCAAGAAGUUUCUACUGCAGCCGAGGACCAGCCAGCUGCAGAAACUCAGCCAGCAUCGACUGCUUGACUGGAUACUAUAUACAUUUUUUUCCCCCGAAAAAAGAAAAAGAAAAAAAAAAAAAAACUACAGAGAAAUUGUUUUAAUAAAGCCAGUUGGUAUUUUUUUCACUGCAGAGUCUCCAGGAAUGGGCUGUUUUUAUGGAGACUGAUUAUUCUUUAUGUUCUUUUAGGGUGUUGACUGGAUUGAGUUUUGAAUUCUCAUUGUUUCACAUUGUUUGGAGUUUUAAAUACAUCGAGGCUCUUUUUAAAAUAAA